AUUGGUACUGAUGUUGCUUGGCCAUGCACUGCUUUCAUUUUUCAGGUUACACCUUUUCUAGGAGUGGCUGUUCGCAGCCUCUGCACAUCCUCCCCUCAUGAACACCCAGAACAUGGAAGAUUAGUUUAUAAAGGAAAUUUGGCAAAGGCAGUGUUAGGUGUGAGGUUUUUCUCUUACUCCACCAGCAUAUUCAACCUGUUCAUGAUGCCGUACAUCAUGCUCAAAACUGGUAUUGGAUUUGAAAGCCUGUUUAUACAAGCUGCCUUCUAUGGGUUGAUCGGGUUUUUUACUUUUGUAACACCGGUUACUUUGCAUGUCCUUACAAAAGGCUACGUGAUUCGACUCUAUUACAAAGAUGAAAUGGACACCUAUACAGCCAUUACAUACAAUGCGAUCUUGGCAGAAAAAGCAACUGUUUUCCAUCAGAAAGAUGUAAAGAUUCCAGACAUCACCAAGAUGUUUACAACAUUUUACGCCAAAACGAAAUCAAUGCUUGUAAAUCCAACGCUUUUCCCAAAUCCUCAGGAUUAUAACCAUCUUAUGGGCUAUGACAAAUCCCUUUAUUUUAACUUAGAGGAGGAGGAGAAGGAAGCUGAUGAAAGGAAAUAAUUUGAAGAUAAUGAACGUCACUAUCAUUGUCCGUGGUGUGGCUAUAUAUGUGAAAGAAUGUAAAAUUCUAU